AUGUAUUCACAAAUUAUUUCAUGUCUGCCUGUCAUGCGCAGUAAUCAAAAUUUUGCUGGAAAUCUUCAGAGUCAACCAAGUUAUACUAGCAGUGAAGAUGAAGGACAUAAAUUUAAAAGAUUAGAUUCAACAGCAUCGUAUACAAGUGAAGAUGAGUCGGCAGUACAAAAUACAUCACAAAGCUUUAUGACCCAACAAUCGCACGAUAGUGUCAUUUCAUAUUAUAAUCCAGCAAGCACUGAUGACGAGGAUCAACAACAGCAACAAACUAGUAAAUACAUGUCUAAUGAAAAUGUUAAGCGAACUUAUUCUCAUACAAGUGAUGAAGCUGACGAACCAGUUUCAAGUAAACGACAAAAAUUGUUAAGUGAAUCCACCGAAUCGCCUUACCCGAGUGACACUGAACAACCACAACGUGACGGAAACAACGGACAAUCAAUGACAUCAUAUGACACAGCAUUAUAUUCAGGUCCAUCUAUGAGAAUGAUGGAGAAAAUGGGAUACCGAAAAGACGCCGGUCUGGGCCGACUUGGACAAGGAAGAGUCGAACCUGUUGAAGCAUCGCAACAAAGAGGACGUCGUGGUCUCGGCUUAAGAUUAGAUGAUUUAGAUAAAGCAGCAGUGAAAUGGGAUCCAGCAAUCGAAGAUAUUUCUAUACCUGAACGUGUUGAAUGGUUAGUGAAUCAUGAACCCGACGAAUCAUUGUUGGAACUCUCAACUGAACUUCCAACAUGGAUAAGAAGAGGCCCAAAGAAAAACACGAUCGACAACGAAACUUUGUUUUGUGAUGAAAAUAUCCUCAAACGUGUACUUGAAUCCAAAUCCGUUUUCGACAAUUAA